AAAUUAAACGGAAAUGUAGUAAAGCGUCAUCUUUCUCGGACAUCGGUCUCAAAGUCCACUAGCGGCUAGUAAUAGAUACCUGUUGUAGUAGGUAGUUAAGCGAUUAUUUGUACUGUUGUUGAUUCACUACCAACUAUGUUAUUCACAGUCAACCGCCAAAAGCACCUCCCAAGCUUCAAUCAGCUGCUUCCUGGUUUUUAGACACUUUUACGCCGAGUUUCCUGUCUAAUGACACUUACAGACUCUGAAUCUGUUGCGAUUAACACCAUACUCCAAGAUGCUACUAUGGAACUACGUUUGCUUCACCGUAUGUUUAGUACGCGAAUGGAGAGUGGUAAUUUAAUACAGGAAAAACAGUUUCAGAAAUAUGCUGAGAAAUGACUUUGCUGACUUCUAUUAAUAAUUUCAGAAAACGGCGGAUCCGCAGUAAUGAGACAAUUGCGAAAACCUGAUAGAAGCCAGGCCUCUCAAGAAGAGAUCUUAGAGAAUUCUUUCAACUCCACUGAAUACAACAUUAUGCUAUGCACAAAGCUGAACGACGCUAUUGAAUUACUUGAUAAUCUAACUGGUGAGAUAUCUCGUCGCGGCACUUUCGAAACGCUUGAUGAAAUAGUCUCUAAGAAAGAGGAGAUUUACAGGGAAAUAAAACAACUAUAUCAAAAGGAAACAGAAUUACGUGAAAAAUUGAAAGCAUUGAGGCUCAACAUUAAAUACAAGGAAACGGAGGGGCUACACCUCAUCAGCCAGGGUAAACAAACGAUUGCGCAUUUGAAGGGCCAAGUUCAGGAGAUGAAGGCAAAAACUAUUAUGGAGGAGAAGUUUGCGACCCAUUACUCAACAGCAAAAUUAGAACAGAUGAAGCAUCAAUGUGAAACAGAACAAAAUGGGAUAAAAAGCAAAAUAAUGAGGGUACUCUUGAUGCAAGAACGUGAGGAUCGGGUGGCGGAAGAGACCCGGUCAUACAUGCAUGACAGAGUGGACGAACUUCGUCAGAGAGAAGAGUUCUGGCAAAACAAUUCCGAUCAAAAUAUCCAGGAACUCAGAUACAGACUUGAAAUAUUGAAGACCAGCAAGGCCAGAGAUUUAGCCCAAAUGUGUGAAUUGAAAACUCAGUACCAGGAUCACGAAUCCGUCGUAUUGAAUGAUCGGAUCGCAAAAGAAAAGGCCAGGCAAGCGAUGGAGAAAAAGGAGAUGGAGGAUCAGGCAUCGCUUAAAAUACAAAAUUGGUGGCGAUGCGUACUGGUGAGACGCCAUCUACAACCUCGGAAAAAGAAAAAGUCGAGGAAAACAAAGAAGGCCAGAAGUGACAAGAUAAGAAAGAAAUGAAAGGAUUCGAAUGUUCAGUCUGAGUUGUGGCGCGCAUACAUGGUUAUAUGUGUCCAAUAUCCAUGUAUUAUGAUCAUGAUAUUUUCCCACAAAUAAAGAAUGUAUGCUUCUCG